UGUGGCUGGUGGGGGUCGGUUUUUCAAUUGCUGUUGCCGCCGCUUCGCUUCAUUCGUUUGCCUGCUCGCGUGCUUUACGGUUCGAGAUUAACGAGAAAAUCUUGUAAAAACCUUUAAACAAAAAAAUCACCUACUGGUUUCAUAAACAAAUUUUGCGAACAAAAUAUAUAGAGGCACAUUAAAUGGAGAAGCCGAAACCUUCAACAAUUUCCUAAACAUUUAAGCAUUUUAUUUUUUUUGCGUGCAAUAAAACGACAACGAAGCUGCGAGAACGCCUUGUAUGGAGCAUGUCCACAGAUAAUCCCACACAGUUGCUGACCACCCGUGAUUUGAGCCAACUGCGUGGACAUCUGCAAUCCGGCACAGUAGCGGUGGCCUCCACGCCCACUCCUGUGGUGGCAGCAGCAACAGUGGCUGCCGCCCAUGGAUACCGCACCAUUGCACAACCCCAACAACCCGCCAAUAGCAGCAGCAGUAACAGUAGCAACAGCACCAGCACCACCAACACCACAGCAACAUCUGCAACAGCAGCAGCAGCAUCUGUAGCAGCAGCAGCAGCAGCAUCAGCUCAACCACCUGUAAUACCACCAGUUAUAUCCACAAGCAAUAGCAACAUGCCGGCAAGUGCCUCAAAAUAUGUAUUUCUGCAACACAAUCACAAUGGUGGUUUUACGGCAUACGACGGCUCUGCAACCACAACAGCGACGGGCAGCACCGGAACUGUGACUGCCACCGGUGGCAAUAUAGUGCUCCUGGCUGCCGCGCCACUGGAUGCGAGUACCGGCGAGACUUUGGUCAAUGUGCGAACAGCUGAAGAUGAUGGAGAGUUGCGCUCGCUGUCCUGGCUCAGCGAUACCAAUCUAAUUAAGGGCAUUGUGACCACAACAGCCGGACAGGCGGGAAAACGUGGUGCAACGGUGGCUAUCAAGGCGACGGCCGGAGCAACAGGAACAGUAGCAUCCGGUGCAACCAAUGGCAAUCUGUGUAUAGUCAGCGAUUUGAUAGAGGAGCUACCCACUAAUCUGAGCGAAACCAGUGAACAGGAGGCGGCCGGAGGAGCAGCAAGUGGGUCACCAGCAGCAUCGACUGUGUACAGCACCACAACGGUGCACAAAGGAGCCAGUGGCACCACCACCGUGGUGGAGUACAAGGCCAGCAAAGCCAGUCAACAGCCGCAACAGCAGCAACAGCAGCAGCAGCAACAACAACAGACGACCUAUUUGCCAACGCCGACAAGAACCACGAUGGUGGGUCACGGCUAUAUGCCGGUGGUGGUGAGCAGUGCCAGCCAACCCAUACUCUCGCCCGCCAAACAGCAGCUACCGCAACAGAUCUAUGUGACCAGCAAUGGUAGUACAACAGCCAGCGGAGGAACCAUCUACAAGGCAGCCAGCCAGGCACUUAGCUCGCCAACCACCAGCAGCAGCAGCAGUAGCAACACCACCACCCACCAUCCGCACAAGAAGUAUCUGCGCGAAAAGAUGCACGUCCAGAUGGAUCAUAGUAGUCACGUGGCCUCAACUGUUACGGUGGUCAGUUCGCCGGCCUCCUCGAACAAUUCCUCGAUUAGCAGCUCCAAUACUGGCUCCGUAUCCGGUUCGGGAUCCUCGACAGCGGCUGUGAAUGGUGGCAAUAGUCCAGUGCCCAAGGCCAGUAGCUUUAGCACCGUAUUCGAGGCGGUCAACUAUGCCACAUCGGCUGCCAACAACGGCAGCAGCAGCAGCAGCAGCAACAACAGCACACCCAACAGUCAAGCCAUACUCCAUGGCCAGGAGCCACCGGCUGUGGUAACCACAACGACUUUGAUCAGUGCCGGAUCCCUGCCGCCGGGCUAUAGCUUCGUCAAUCACGUGGCCAGCACGCCGCAUGUGCUUUCCACACCAGCGCAUGUUGCCUCACCGGAGACGCCACCCGGAGCGGCUUUGUUGCCAGGAACAUAUUAUGCCACAAGCACCACAUCAGCGGGCACAACCACAACAACUUUGCAGCCGCGUAGUCUGCAGUUAUCCGUCUCGCCACCGCCGUCUAAUUUGACGCCAACGAGUCAAGUGCACAAUGGAUCACUAGGAGGAGGAGGAGGCGGAGGAGCUAACCUGCGCAGUCCCAAUAGUUAUGCCAGCUACGACAACGAGGAUUCGCUAAAGGAAUUCGAUCUGGUGGUCAGCUCACGCAUGCACACAAGCACGCCGCAAUAUUCGGUGUCCAAAAAUGGAGCCAACGGUUAUGGUAGCGGCAACAGCAAUGUGAAUGGCGCCGGAGCUGGUAACAAUACGCCGCAAAAGCAAAAACAUCCCAAUAACGUGCCAUACGAUCCGCUAGUGCAUACCAAUAACAAGCCGCCAUAUAGCUUUAGUUCCUUGAUCUUCAUGGCCAUUGAGGGUUCGAAUGAGAAGGCACUGCCCGUUAAAGAGAUCUAUGCGUGGAUUGUGCAGCACUUUCCGUACUUUAAGACGGCACCCAAUGGCUGGAAAAAUAGCGUGCGCCACAAUCUCUCGCUAAACAAGAGCUUCGUCAAGGUGGAGAAGGCGCCCAACAUGGGCAAGGGAUCGUUGUGGCGUGUGGAGCCACAGCAGCGCCAGAAUCUCAUCCAGGCGCUGAAUCGUUCGCCCUUCUUUCCCAACUCGGCGGUGGACAAGAUCAGUCCCUCGCUUAAAAGUCCCAGUGGUGGAUCCGCAUACGAUAGCCUCGAUGGCGGCAGUAUUGCGGUAUCCUCGAUUCAGCCAGUGGCUGCGGGUGCUGGAAUUGCAGCUGCCGCAGCCGUGGCUCUGUCCACGCCCACCAAAAGCAACGGUCUGGUGCUGGCCAAUGGUGCUAGUCAGGCGACAAACGCGGCCAGGCCGCAUAGCCCCAAUGGUGGUGGCAGUGGCAGUCAUGCCCGCUUCGAUCCCAAGCUGUUCCCCAAUUUGUCCAAAGCUUUUCGGAAUAUACGCGAUGAUACAGUCGGUCAGCCGCUGUUGCAAGAUGCCCUCGAUGACGAACUGUCCGGCGAUUAUCACAAUAAUAAUAACAAUAACGGUGGCAGCAAGUACAAUUUCGUGGGUUUGAAUGGCAGCGGAGGUACUGGUUCCACCGCAAAUGGAACAUCCGAUGGCAUCAAUUUCGCGCGAUUGGCACGCGAUUGCGGAGCGGACAGCAUGGACGAUGUGCAUGCGGCGGCGGCGAUGCUCUACCUCAAACACGGACCAAAGGCCUUUAGCGAGCCCUUCCAGAAUGGAAGUGCACCGGUGAUAACGAGUUCGCCCAGCGAGGAUCACACUUAUUCGGCGGGUGGCAACAGCAAUGCGGACAGUGGCUCCUCCACGCCACUGACCAAUGGCAAUGCCCUGGCCAGCGUGGCGCAUGCCGUCGCUCAGGGUCAGAAUAACCAAGGAGGAGCUGGAUCCGAUAGCAACUGCGCCAGCUCGGAUGCUGCCUACGAUAGCAGUGAGGAGAAUCACAACAUCACACCCGAAGAGAUGGCCGAUCGGCAGCGACAUCGCGACGGCGUGGACGCCCUACUCUCGCUAUCCGGCUCCUCGAUAGUGGAGUGCGGUUCGGUAGCCACCACGCAUUAUCACAGCAACGGCAGCAGCGGCAGCAGCCAUGGAUCCCCGCACAAGCGAGCCUCGAGUCACAGUUUGGAGGAGGAGCACCAGCAGCAGCACAGGGAACAGCAGCUGCAACAGCAGCAGCAGCAGCAUCAUCUUCAGCAGCAACAUCACCACCAGCAAUUUGGCAGCAAUCAAGCCGUCUACACCAACGGCAGUGGCAGCAAGAUGGCAUUAUUGAGCAGUGCUGCCGCCAAUGUGGCACUUGCUCAACAGCAGCAGCAGCAGCAGAUACACCAGGAUCUGUACUCCUCGACGGCUGGACACAAUGCCAGUAUGUAUCUGGGUGGACUGAACAAUCACUGUCUGCCCGGUGGAGGCGGUGUAGGCUCGGUGGGCGUGGCGGCGGGCCUGUUGCCACAGCAUUUGAGUGCUGCGACGGUGGCAAGUAAAAAUAAGGUGAAACCACUGCGGGGAUUACGCACCAAGUUUAAGCGAAAGUCCGCCUGGAUGCGGUGAAUAUGGCGACAGGCUGGCGGCAAGUGGACCUAGUACAGCCAUCCAAAGAUCGCCAUCCUAACCCCGCCCCUAAUAUACGCCCUCCCGCCCCUGCGAUCUGUUGUUGUCUCUUUCUAAAGCAAAAAUUGUUCAAAUCACAGAGCAUUUAGACUAAAUUUCGUAAUCUUAGAAAGCCCAUAUUUUCUGCUUUUUUUUUAUUGCUCUACCUUUUACAAUUUCUUGUUUGUUUCCGUUUUUGUUAUACAAGUUUUUUUUUUGACUACCAUUUUUUUUUUGAUUAUUAUUUUUUAACUUUAGCCCUAAUGUUUUAGGUUUUUUUUUUCUGUGACUUUACUGUGCCCCGCAAUUGAUUGUUGGCCAUUUAAUUAUUACUUGAUUAACUAAUACUAUAUGAUUUAUAAGCCAUCCUAGCUGCAAUUUCUUACAACUCCUAGCUGUUAAGUGACUUCUUAUAUUUUAGCUUGUAAUUUUAAAUUGUGCAAAUAUUUUACAGACCAAUCGCAAAACGAAAUUAAUUUUAAUGGCAACCAUUUGAAAUCGAAACCAGAGUAAUAAUGGAAAUGCAUCUGGUUUUUUUUUAGGGCCCACAAUUUGUUGUUAGUUUUUAAUACAUACAAAACUGUAGUUUAUUUGUUUUAACUCGCGACACGAGGGACACAAACGAAGUGAACUUUUCCAGCGUAUCAGUGACAAGGUUUAUAUCAAAGGAAAACAACACAUAAAACACCAACAAAUUGAGCUAAGUAGGAAUGUAGCUAAGUAAAAGAAAACACGAAACGAAAUAACGAAACAAAACAAAAAAAAAUUGUAAAAAGAGCAAGAAAACGGAAAAAAUGUAGAAAACAAACGCAACGUUUGUACAAAGAGCAACCAGAAUUAAGAUUCUUUUUUAUUUCGGUUUUUGUGCCGCAAGAAAAUGUUUUUCCUACACUUAUAAGAUCCAAAAAACAAAAAAAACACCCUACUUACAUGAUCUAAAAACAAGCGAUAUAAAAAUAUAUACAUAUACAUAUAGAAGGAGCGUUAUAUAUUAAAAACUUAAGAUAAGCCAAGCAAGAAACCCACAAAGAAACACACAUUUAGCGCCUUAUAUAUUGAGUCCUUAGCUAAAACGAAAGAGAGAUCUGUUGAAUUGUUUGAACUGCUUUGUUAUACGAAUGCAUGAGUACAUAUAAUAUAUAUAUAUAUAUACAUAUAUAUCUAUGUAUAGUUAAGACCCCUACCUAUUUUGACCCGCCCAGUAAUCCCCUCCCUCCCCUCACCCCCCACACGACACUCAAGCAAAUGUUAAAUCAAAGAUAUUUAGUUGUUAAGCCAGGGAGUUAUUUGUAAGCUUCAUUUAGAUGGUUACGUAGUUGAAAUGCUAAACAUUUGUUAACAAGAAUCAAACCGUAAGCUAGCCGAUUUUAGUUGAAUGAACCUCCUGCGAAAAAUUCCCUACCCAGGUGUGUAUAUACAGAAUGGAUUUAGCUGUUGAAAUGAUGCUGCACAUCUUUACAUAGGCAUAUUGUGGAAACCAAGAAAUACUUAUUAACAAUUAAAUAAGCGAAUGAAAGAACUUGACAAAGAACGCCCUAAGUGUAUACACUUCAUGUACCUUUUUAGCAAAAAAAAAAAAAGCAAACAAAACGCAAAAGCAAAGAUCGCAUUAAAAUUAUAUACAUACUAUAUUUAAACUACCAAUUACGAAACUAAACUAAAUGUUGAUGUCAAAGAGAAACCAAUUUGCUAGUUGUUACAAACCAGAAAAGAAACGAAAACAAAAACAAACAAAAAAAAAAAAACAGAAAAACCGAAAAACAAUGUUAAAACUAUUUUGUUUCCUCAAACACUUACUAUUAAGAUUUAGAUUACGAUUAUGGUUUUUGUUUUUUUCUUUAGUUCUAUUGCGUAAGAAUAUUGCCUUGAUGCAUAUUUUUGGGGAAAGGAAUGUGACUAAAAUACCAGAAGCGAGAGCAACAAAAUAAUUGUAUACCUAGCUUUAACUUAAGGUCCUAAAAAACAAGCAAGAAGAUAAAAAAAAACCAAAACCAAAAUACACACCUUUUUCAUAGAAACCUACGCACGACACACAGUGAAAGACAAUCGCCGCCCGUGUUGUUGUCGUUGUCGUUGUCGCUUAAGUUUAAAGUUUAAACAAAUUCUAUGUAGCUAUAGUAAUAUAUAUAUAAACUACACACUCACACACACACACACACACACACACACACACACAGCAAUAGCAAAGUACAUAUACGACAAAUAUUGUUAUGCAACCUUAAGCUUUAGCGGUGAUAAGGUGGAGAAAACUAUCUGCCCGAUCCCACAGCUUCUAUAUCCCAUAUCCCAUAUACACCUUAUAUCUCCCAAAAACAAAAACAAACAAAAAAACAAUCGAUGAGCUAAGCAGUUUUGUUACCGUGUUUUUCUUCUAUUUUAAUUAUUAUAUUGCAUCAUUAUUAUUAUUAUUAUUAUUACCGUAUAUAUUCAUGGUAUAUAUACUUACAUAUAUGAUUAUACAACUUUUUUUGCGUACCAAAUACACACCAAUCAAAAUGUGAAAUACUUUCUUUA